AUGAUGAGCGACGCGACAGAGAAACGCAACCAGGAGAGGCUUUAUGGAAUCCCACCACCAACGACCUCAAACUCCUUCCUCCAUCUCCGGCGUCCUUGGACCCAAGGGCUCGUGGAUAACCCUGAGCUUGCCUUGGACGCACUCGCUGUGUGUAUGUCGCUGAGUGACCUAAUGUUCAUGGUAUCGGUGGGGUUCAAUGCUGCAGCUAGCGUGAGGGUGGGGAAUGAGACCGGGGCGGGCCACCCCAAGUCGGCGGCUUUCUCGGUGGUGAUCGUGACUCUCGUCUCCUUCAUAGUGGCGGCGGUGGCGGCCGCCGUCGUUCUAUACCAGCGCCACGUCAUCAGCUACAUAUUCACCGGAGGCGAGACGGUGGCAAACGUCGUGUCCGACCUCUGUCCGCUGCUGGCAGUCACCCUCCUGCUAAACGGAAUCCAGCCCGUCUUGUCCGGGGUGGCUGUGGGCUGCGGAUGGCAAGAGUUUGUGGCUUACGUAAACAUAGGUUGUUACUAUGUCGUUGGAAUUCCUCUUGGAUGCCUUCUUGGAUUUAAAUUCAACCUUGGCGUCAAGGGAAUUUGGUCCGGCAUGAUCGGAGGAACGGCUAUGCAAACACUCAUAUUGCUCUGGGUUACAUUUCGUACGGAUUGGAACAAAGAGGUCGAGAAUGCAAAGAAGCGUCUGGACAAGUGGGAAGAAAUCAAACAACCUCUUCUCAAGUGA